UAGCAAGACACCUCUCUCUCCUCUCACUCACAAUUUCUUUCCUUCUGGGUUCUUCUUCUUCCUCCUUUUUUCUCUCUCUUUUCUCUUCUCUUUAAUCAUCACACAUUUUUGAAUCUUAAUUCAAGAUCUUCCUCCUGUUCAUCAGAUUAAUCCCUUUUGGGAUUUUGCGGAUCAACUUAAAGUUCUUUCUCUAGGGUUUUUCUUUCCUUUUUUAAGGAUGGCGAGAGAGAAGAUUCAGAUCAGGAAAAUCGACAACGCGACGGCGAGACAAGUAACGUUCUCAAAACGAAGAAGAGGUCUUUUCAAAAAAGCUGAAGAGCUAUCCGUUCUCUGCGACGCUGAUGUUGCUCUCAUCAUCUUCUCUUCCACUGGAAAGCUCUUUGAGUUUUGUAGCUCCAGCAUGAGGGAAGUGUUAGAGAGGCAUAACUUGCAGUCAAAGAACUUGGAGAAGCUAGAUCAACCAUCUCUUGAGUUACAGCUGGUCGAGAACAGCGAUCACGCCCUGUUGAGCAAAGAGAUUGCGGGAAAGAGCCACCGAUUAAGGCAAAUGAGAGGAGAGGAACUUCAAGGACUUAACAUUGAAGAACUUCAACAGCUGGAAAAGGCCCUUGAAUCCGGUUUGACUCGCGUAAUUGAAACCAAGAGUGAAAAGAUUAUGAAUGAGAUCAGUUAUCUUCAAAGAAAGGGAAUGCAACUGAUGGACGUGAACAAGCGGCUAAGGCAGCAAGGGACACAGUUAACGGAAGAGAACGAGCGACUAGGUCAGCAGAUAUACAAUAAUGUGCAUGAAAGAUACGGUGGAGGUGAAUCAGAGAACACUGCCGUGUACGAGGAAGGACACUCAUCGGAGUCCAUUACUAACGCCGGAAACUCCACAGGCGCUCCUGUUGACUCCGAGAGCUCCGAUAUCUCCCUUAGGCUCGGCUUACCGUAUGGUGGUUAGAGGUGGAAUAAUACAAAGAAGUUGAUGGAGUGAGGAGUCUAAUGUAAACCCUUUCAACUCUGUAAUAACAAGAGACAAUGUAGUAGUUCUCAUAUGUUUGUUGUAAGUUUCUGUCUGAGGAAGGUCUUCCUUUUUCGAGUUUCAUUAUAUGUUAUUUCUCUCCAGUGCAUUUCUGUUUUGUCACUCCCAGAACUGUAUGGACGUGGUAAGUUGGUAAAUGAGAAGAAACAUUUGACAUUU